UUCUCUCUGUCUCUCCAAAGAGAUUUCUCUAAAGCAUUCGUUAACAAAAAUAGCCGUCAACGUAUUCCUGUGUGCAAUCACAGGAAACUAUAGAUGUUGACGUGAACGUUCAAAUGUAAUAAUGCCUGGCAAAAUAAAGGUAAAAAUACUGGCAGGACGAAAUCUGCCAGUAAUGGACCGAUCGGGAGACACGACGGAUGCUUAUGUAGAAAUAAAGUUUGGUACCGUAACCUACAAGACGGAUGUAUGCAGAAAAUCAUUAAAUCCUCAGUGGAAUUCUGAAUGGUAUAAGUUUGAGGUUGACGAUGCCGAAUUGCAAGAUGAACCUUUACAAAUCAGACUUAUGGAUCAUGAUACGUACUCGGCUAACGAUGCCAUUGGGAAGGUUUACUUAGAUUUAAAUCCAUUGUUAUUACCUGGAGUACCUCCGCCUGUUAAAAACAUUUGGACAUUAGAAGCAUCAAUGAAUUCUAGCAUUGGAUCACAAGGUGGAUCGGUGAUGACUGGAUGGAUUCCUGUAUAUGACACCAUGCAUGGAAUUCGUGGGGAAGUUAACAUUAUAGUCAAGGUUGAAUUAUUUUCGGAUUUUAAUAAAUUUCGGCAGUCAUCCUGUGGGGUACAAUUGUUCUAUUCACCAAAUAUACCCUAUGGUCAUCAAGUACAAGUUAUCCAUGGUUUUGUUGAAGAAUUAGUUGUUAGCGAUGAUCCUGAGUAUAAAUGGAUUGAUAAAAUUAGGACACCAAGGGCAUCAAAUGAAGCACGGCAAACGUUGUUUUUCAAACUCAGUGGAGAAGUGCAAAGAAAAAUAGGAUUAAAGGCGUUAGACCUUGGUGGAAAUGCUGUUAUUGGGUAUAUUCAGAAUUUUGACUUGGAAGGGGAAUCUGGAAUUGUUGCCAGGGGUAUUGGUACUGCAGUGACCCUUUCCAAGUUGCAGGAUAUUUCUGGCUUGCCUAUUGACACUAUCACUGCUGAGGAUCUUGCACUGCUUCCUUUAUCAUAUAAAUCUUCGCCAGGGAGCGUUGAUAGUGACGAUGGCGCAAUUUUCACUUCCCAUUCCCCAAACCGUACUAUUUCUGAUUCAACAAAACCACAUAUCCUUCAAGUAAGCAAGAGAUUUCCAGGAUAUGGUAAAGGUAUACCGAAGCAUUCAAGAUCUGUAAUGAAAGUCUCACAAUAUAGAUCGGUUGGAUCAAAUCAAGAAAAUGUCAGACAAUUAUCACUGCAAUCGUAUUCCUACAGCAGUCAUGUGUGGAAAAGUGGACCUCUCAAUAAAUUACAGUCAGACGACUUAACGGAUAACAUGUCGGUCAAAUCCAUGUUAGCUCUAGAAGAUAUGAGAGGUGAACCUACAGGAAAUAGAUUUUCUCGAGGUUUAAAAAAUUUGAGAAAUUUACCACAAACAGUUUUGUCCAAAAAGAGUACACAAUUAAAAUUUAAAACAUCUGACGAAGAGAGUGAUUUAGAUAGUAUAUAUUCAAGUGCAUGGUCAAUUGUUGGCUCUGAUUCUACAAGGUCAUCCAUGAUCGAUCUACAUCAGUCUGAAAAGAAGAAAAAGUUUUCCCACAAGAGGUCUGUGGGAGAGGGAAUGGCAGCUUUGUUAAUAAGGUCGGUUCAUGCCGGACUUCCACUGGAUAGUGUCAGAGAAGAUCAUGAAACUCCAACACCGUCACCUGUAAACUUUUCAGAUGAGUCUAAGAAAAGCGAUAAUCUAGAGUCAAGUGAACAAGAAAGCAGAAAGGAAAACGAUAAUGAACAGUCUGACGAUUGUCAAGGUGACAAAAAUAAUUCUCACGUUGAAAUUCACGAACUUACUUCGAAUUUGGAUUCAAUCUACAAUGAUAAUCGAUCGAUACCAAUGAUAUCGUCCUCAGAAACAGACACAUCGACUUCUGAUGACGAUCAAUCUGAAUCCAGUACAAAUUAUAAUAUUCUUGACGAUUCUUCAUCAUUAGUAGAUCAAGGCUCACCGGGCACAGAAAACUGUAUCUCCAGGUUUUCGGAUCGUGUUAUAUUUGAGUCACCACCUGACAUGGAAAAUUCGCAAACUAUCUUACAGCAGAAUCUAUUGAAUAUUUCGAACUCAAGUACUCAACAAUGUCAUUGUGAUAUAAGUCCUAAUUUCGAAAGUGAUAAACAGAAAAUUGAAGAUUAUACAUUAAGCAGCAAUGCUGAUAUUUUAAAUAAUCAAACUAGGUUCUCCGAGGAAACUGAAUUACUUCUGGGACCUGAUACAUCGGCAACAAUGUUAUAUUCAAGUGAAGAAAAUAAAGCAGAUGCAACCAAUAAUUACCAAAUAUUACCGGAAGAAAUGAGUUUGAGAAAAGAUCAAGAAAUUUCUCAGGAUUUCGGUGCUGAUUUACAGAACAAUAUUGUCAUUUUGCCACAUGCUAAAUCUCCAGAAACUGGAUGGUUGGAAAAUCAAGUUGAUCUUGUUCAUACUAAAACAACCGAUAUUCCAUUACAAAAUCUAGGAGAAUUCCAGGUGUUCAGAAAUUUAAAUGAUUAUGUUCCUAAUGUAGAUAGUGUUAAAUUAAAUUCUGAUUUUUUGGAAAAUGGUCAAAAAAAUGAAGAGUUAUGUGAAUGUAUCCAUGCAAGGCGUAAUUGCGAAGAAUGUAAAACCCAUAAGGAUUACGUAGCACUUGAUAUCGAAGAAGUAGAUGCUGAUAUCGUAAUCUCUUCGACACCAAACGAAACAGCUACCACAACUACUGAAAAUAGUUUCUUUAAAUUUGAAACUGAUUUUAAACGUCAAAUAUCUAGUGACACAGAAUCUUUUAUUCACAACACUUCAUCGUCUGAUUAUGAUAGUUCUGACAACGAUCAAGAAAUAAAUUCUGCAGAUUUUACUUUCCAUGAUAAUGAAAAUGCAACUCUUAAACCAGUAAAUCUUCAUGGUCAAAAAGAAAAAUCUCCAAGAAAAGUUGAAAGAACGGAUACAGUCAUUUACAAAGGAUUUGAUAAAGACUAUACGAAACCAGUGGUAAUAUCAAUUAAAAAUAAAGAUAUUACUAAUAAUGAAAUAAACCCGCAACCAUUGUCAACACCUAUACCAAAAAUCAUAGAACCUCCUAAAGAAACAAAUAAUUACCACUUACAAAUUCCGAUUGUUGUGACCGAGGAUGUGAUCGCAGCAGAUCUUGGUACUUCAGAAAUAGAAGUAACGCAAUUCAAGACACAAUUUGAGAAAGAAAAUUUGACAGAUAAUUCAACUAUUGACGAAAAAGCAUACAGGAAAUAUAGGCAGUCUUGCAUGCUAGAUCUACUGAAAAUAAUUGACACAAAGAUGAUGGUACAUCCUAGACAUGGUGACAGAAAGGAUUCGACCAGAAGCAGAAGAAAAAGGCGUGAAAGAUUUCAUAAAAAUUUGACACCAUCUCCUGAUUCGCUUCACAGAACAAAAGUAUUUGAGAGGAAAUCGAAAUCAAAGUCACCGGAUAAACACAUCUUUCCUGGAAAACAUUCGACUCCACACAACAACGAAUUACCCUUUACGAUGACAAAUCCUCCGAUGCAAGAUAAGCAUGCGCUUUGUACUUCCAUGACAGAUCAUCCUAUUCCUGAUAAUACACCCAUCGUCGAAAUGCCCAAAAAUCAUGUUUCCAGUGACCCACCUAGUCCUGGUAACAUCUCCACCAAUUCAUCACUCCAUGAUAAACCUGAUUUGUAUUUGAAAGAGCCUAUGUCUGCUAAUCUCAAAAUUCAUAAACAUCAUAUUAGUCAUAAAGCUGCAGCGAAGGAUUUAGCAGUAGAUACACAUACUGAAGUUUCAAGUGGUAACGAUAUUAAUAUAGAAUUGCAGAACUUAAAACCACAGAGCAUUGAAGCUAUGUCGUUACUUGCGCCAUCGUCAGAACCCUCCGUACUCAAAAGUCAUAGUGCGUGCAAUUUGCAAGAUAUUUCGGAGCAGCUUGAUUUAACUAAAAUCACUAACAAUGCUAAUACAACUGACAAUCCGUGUGUGCCCUGCGCGUCUCCCUUCCUCAGGCAGCAAGACGAUGCAUCCCUGAGCCCAGUGUGUCCAUUACCAGUGGUUCCUUCGUCGAUGUUGAACAAGGUAUCUCACUCACCAGCAACCAAAAUGAACACUUCUAUCCCUUUGCACCGAAGAUCAAGUGACUCCGACCUCAGCAUCACACCUAAAGGAAACUCAUUGACGGGAAGUGACAGAUCAAUGGGAGGUUAUGGGAGACCUUCGACUGCAAUAGUAAGAACGAUGAAUCAAGACAUCUUGGAAAUGUUGGAAUAUCCAUUUAUUACAAUGCAGCAAUAUCCGCCUGGGUUUAUAUUACAUCUGGGUGGUCUUGUAAGCGCUAGAUCUGUAAAACUGUUAGAAAGAAUAAGCAAUUUGGAAGAACCAGAAAGUCGUGACGCAUGGUGGACAGAAAUCCGAAUGGAAGUCAGAUCACACGCUAGAGCAUUGGCCUGCAAUGUCGUGAUCGGGUACAAGGAAGAAACUAGCAUAUGUGACGACGUGUGUGUGCUAAAUGCAUCGGGCACAGCUGCUGUGAUCAAUCUUCACAAUAUCAGUCAAGAUCAAGAGGGUAUCUUGCUCGGCAGGGUACAGCAAGGAUUAAUGACAACGUCUAUGGACUCCGACCGUGAUAAGGGUCCGCAAAAAUUACCAAGUAUUAAGAACGAAAAAAGUGAGGACGUAUCCGUACCUUCCCAGCAGUCCCAUCAUCUGAGCGGAAAGAUUAAACGUAUCUCAGAAAGUAACGACCACGAAGGGCCCUAUCAACUGGCGCAAACUGCGUGCAAUUUGUGUCACCUGCCGUACAGCGAAGCAAGCGUGCCUUUUAGAGUUAAUAUGUCAAAAUGUGCCGUCUGUAGGCGCGCAAAAGUACCGGAUGUAUUGUUCGCUACUAUCGAAUUGCCGGAUAACGUUCCUAUCACGGGUAGAGGUUGUUUUAUACAGGCAACUGUAUGUAAAUGUAAAAGAGACCUGAGAGGCGAAUUAAACGCCAAAGAGAUUUCGGACUGCUUGCCGUUCUUAGAAUACGAGCUGCAUAGUUUAUUGCUAAACAAACUCAAGGUUAAAGGCAUGAAUGCUAUUUUUGGCCUGAAAGUACAGGUUUCCGUUGGGGAGAGACUGGUCGUCGGCAUGGCUGUAGGAACUGCGGUAUUUUUGACGGCGCUCCCUGCACCGUCUAUUCCUCAAAUUGCGUCCGGUAACUCUUGGCACAAUGAGGAACAGCUGGCAGAGAUUCAGAAAAAUCUUGUCGAAACUGUCAGGAAGAACAAGGAAUUUUAUGAGCUGAAAACCUCUGCUGAUAUUGAAAAUGGUCGGUCGGGAACUUCGGAUACCGAUGAGUCUGACGAUGAACUACCAGAAUUGGACUUGGGAUUGGGAACGAAGGAUGCAUGCGUAUUGGAAAUAGAUGAUAUCGAAGAUAUAGACAGAAUUAGUUUGCUGAUGGACGACAGACCUCCUGAUGAUUUUCACAUCGUUAACACUCAGAGUAUUCCUGGCUUGGAAGAUCUUGAAAUUGUCAGGAACCUACAAAUGUUUACUCAAGUUUCUAGGGCGAAAAUUCCUACGGGGCAAUUCGCUUUGAUGCCUUCGAAAUACUUUGCAAGAUUGCUUCAGACCGUGUAUUUUAAACUUCGCCGGAUGGUACCAUGCGCACUUUGUGAUUUACAAUUUAAAGUAGCACUACCAGAGCAAGAUGAAAUACAGCUGUCAGUCAUCGGAAUGGCACUGGGUUUAGGAGAGCCAACUAAAGGCGACAAACACAAACGCAAAACCGUGCCUCACUCUGCGAGUAAAGACCACGUAAAAAAACCAGACGAUAGCGACAUGAUAUUCAGCCUUGAUGAAGAUCACUCGGAAUCUGUCGCGGCUCAACCUAAUGUCACGCCUAGUACUCCAAAUACUUUAAAUACGCAUUCUUUAACGACGACCACAGCUUCUUCUCAAAAGCCAAGGCCACGAUCACCAUUGAGGAUAAAAACCCAUACGGUUCAUAGACCUAAGCACGUUCCCUUAAAAGAAAGAUACGGAAUAGAUAUUACACCUUUGUCGUACUUGCCAGGUGGGAGGAUCGAGAGGUAUCUAGGAAAUUUGAAUUUCUUCUUCAUUAGAGAAAGCACAUCCAUUAGAGAGAAUGGAGGCCUCAGUGGUUUCACGCAUAGUUUCAUGACGGAGGUGCUAGCCAUCGCUCGUGCGCACAUUAGAGCAUUGGGAGGUAAUGCCAUGGUUGCCUUUUUCAUGAGCCAGUGCGUACUUCUUCACAGUCCUCAUAAAAAUCAGGGUCAAUGCUUGAUCAACGUGGGUGGAGACGUGGUAUCGGUAUCAUAUUUCGGUGACGAGAAACACUUGCAAAACUCGAAUUGCUGACCCCAACCACCGCACUCGGCUCCACCGUAGAUAUUCUGCAGCAGAGAGUCUUAGUAACGUACUUCGCUUCCUUUUUUCUUCUAUAUCGAUGAGAGGGCAGAACGACCAACGGAUUAGACUAGCCGGUUUCAUUUGAAUUUCACGGAAUUCUCGAGGACGAUUUCCCCAGUUAAGUCGAAAGAGAGACGAUUAUACUUGCAUCCGUUUACCUGUAUUAAUGCGUAGAUUCAAUUCCGAGAGAUCUCUAGAGUAGGGAUGAAUUCCCCGUAGAGUUGGACCCUUAAUUUAGGACUCUAUAGACAAAUUGUACCCAAAGAUCAAUUGAAAACUUCAUUUACUUAGAGACUCGAUCGCUGGACUUCUUAACGCUACUCAGGCUAUGGAUUUUAUCAUCGCCCCUAAAGUGUAGACUAGCUGCAUGCAAAUCUGCCAAUUCGUUGCGGAGGUGGAUCACGAUUGGCCUCGGCUUUAGUCGGAUAGAUUUUUAUGUAUUUUUCAUGGUUUCCAACCGAGGCCAUUUUAGUCCAUCUCUGUUAAACUGGAUCCGAAGGUUUUUUUUUUAAAUCGGUGCUACACGAGAAAGGACGACGGGCUGUCGCAGCUAGUUUCAGUAACGAUAUCGAAUGAUAAAACUGUUAGCAUAGCCGUCAUAUUCAGGUAAAAUAAUUGAAAAGUGUCGAGGCGGAAAUUGUAUUUAAUAGUACUGGCACAAACAGUCGGCAGCCUGACUAGGAUCAGUCCUUAAAUCCAUCUGGGUCCUGGGAAAAAAUUAGAAUCCAUGUGAAUUUUUCAUCUCGCACUGUUUAUUUACAGUGUCUAAAAAACGACUGGGAUCGUUGCUCGAUCGCAGCCUCCGAAUUUACGUGGAUCGUUAAGAAUAAUACAGAUCGUAGAGCUGGCAGGAAAUGUCUCUCUCGUGGUGCAGUUUGCGCAAGGACAAUUAAGGAGAAAUGCGUCCCUAAAGGACAUCUAGCUACUCUCGGUUGACUGUACCGAGAUAGGUACAUACACGUUACCAUUCGAGUGGACCAGUAAGAUGUUGAUGCCCUAGCUCAAGGAAUACUGCGAAAUGUUUACCAAAGAUAUGACGGUAGGAUUGCUCACCCCACCGACAACGGCAUAGGUAAUUAUAUCAUGUCGGUACCGAUAACCACCCACGCAAUUCUCUCAACUACCCUGGCAAAGUGCCUCUCGGUAAUCGCCUUCCAGGUAUCGUUACAAGAUGUGCUCUUCUAGUCCCUGCAAGCAAUAAAUGCGUCCACAAUCAACCCAGCAUCGAAAAGCAUGAAAAUACGCUGCGACACCCGUCAGGACUCUUUUCUCGUGAAGGGUUAAGAAUUUCCUUGAAAGUUCUAAAUAUCCAGAAUUUAAUAAACCCCAGGAUACCAUUACGACGUUGACUCUUUGCCUAGGAUAAUGCACCGCUCACGACUCAUGUAAAAAUGUUCAGCAGCUCAAUACCAGGGAUCCUCUUGCUCCAGGAGCUACUAUUUUGAGACUCCUCAAAUUUUGCUCCCUGGAAAAAUCUAAGCGGUUAGAGAACGAUCUUCGGGACAAUCUAUUUAAAUCGAAUCGACGCGACUAGGACGAUCCAAGGGUAGCCAGCGUAGUCAGCUGAUACACCUAGCUCUAACUUAAGUUUAGUCGAUUAAGGUAAACCGCGUACCUUUAGGUAAGACCGCGAGAGACUGAUCGUCAAACCUUAGCGGAGACACUUGACAACGCACCGAUGCGUUGUCCGAUCGUGAUUCGUACACACACAUACUGCCAUCGAAUUUUCAAAUUUGGCCGCCCCUUGCCGACGUGCCGAUCUAAGCAAUGCCUCUACAAACUCGAGCUCGAGAAAUAAUCCAAAAUCCGGGAGAAGCCUUUUUUCCGACCACUCAAUCCGGGUCAUUGGCUCCGAGGCAAUGUCUAGACAAUUUCCGUUAACGGACAAGAACUCCUAGCAGCCUCCACGAGCAAUAAAAAAUAGUUCAGAAGAGUUUCCCCCGAGAUUCUCGAUUAUCUAACGAGCUCGCGAAAGUCAAGAGACGUCAUCCGUUGCGAGAGCGUUGACUGCCAAAUUUCGUCGGUGCGAUUUGCACGCGCAUCGGCUGCUGAGAUUUUAAGCCCUUUAAUUGUAGACUUCCGAAACCUCGGGCGGGUUUCCGCGCGACUGGAAGACCGAUCGAAGAUCGUUUCUUCGCGAGAGUCGCGAUAGCGUAGAGUGGAUCGAUCGACGAUCUUUCUAUAGGCUCGGCUCGUAGAUUAGCGAUUAAUAAAUCCAACCGGGGUUGCGACGAUCACCCUUAGGUGUGACUUACACGACUUAGUCUAGCCCAGCGAGGGGAACUCUGUACAUAUUUAUAUGCGCCGACAGUCUUUGUACACGUUUAGCGACCUGUCCAGGAGGAAAUCGAGGAAACCACGCGGUGGAAAAGGCUUUCCGCAGUAUUAAGCGAAAUUGUACCUCCUCGCCGCACGUGCGGAUCGGGAGGUGCAAGGUUGCAUCCUUUAGCGAAGGUGUAGAAAUGCGUAACCGAGGAAACAUUGCCUUACCCAGUUACUCGGUAAUUCCCUUAGCUCGGUCGGCCUCCACGUACGGGGACUUAAGUCGGCGAAGACGCAGACUGCCCUUUCGUCGGGGCGAGAACUCCCGUGAAAUCCAAAGGGACGUGGCUGCUUUAAAUUCGAGCACGCUCCUCUCGUCUAUUUUACACCCCGUAAGGAGUUGCGUUCAUUCAUCUCGCUCCUCUCGCUUUGUAUAAGUACCUGAUCCGACUCCGCGAGCCGAUGGGGCGAUCGAAUUAUCCACCCCCGACCCUUCGGUCCGAAAAUAUAGUCCCAAGAAAAUUCCGUCAUGUCCGGACUCUCUUUUUGAUCCCAGAGGCGAUUCUCUAAUUAUGCAAAUGUAUCCGAACGGUGUCGCACUCUUUGAUGAGGUAAAUAGCCCAGGGGAGCGGAGAAGGGCAUAAGGCGCUUGUAUCGUUAAUUGCGCGAUAGAUGUUAACGUAUUGCACCAUGAUACGCACGAGUUAGGAGUAUGUACUGUAAGGGUGUGCUAACACUUGGAAUUUUCGUUUAUGCCAUACCGACGUUUAUUCGUUUUAACUAGUGCAGUCGCCUCGAAGGGGGGUAUAGGAAUUUAUUUUUAAACCCGCGUUUCACUUUCGCACCUUUGCGGGGACGGUGCGGAAUAUUAUUUAAUAAUUGUCUGUUAUGUCUCGCGGGACUUUUUAGCGUGUAUACACCGGUACAAAUUGCUCGCGUUCUUGGGUUGACCGAGUCUCUAAAAGUUCCUAAUGAGUAGCUUAAUGACGGAUUUUUAAUGAUUAUUUGUCCGGCCGGGAUAUAGAAGCAUAGACGAAAGUUCUGAGUGCGCCGUUUCGCCGUAAUGAGGAUUCGGUAAUUCGACGUCGGUGAUACUUUCGUGUUCAUUUCGAGGUAAUAGUGGGCGAUCUUCCGCCGAGGUAUUCCCGGAAGGUUGAAUUUCGCAAAAAAGGGUGUUGGUCCUCGUAUUCUUGAAAUCAAUACGCGUUGUCGAUUGCGACACGUCGAUUGAUACGACUAACGAACGUCCUCGGAGGCAAAAGUAAUUUGAUAAGGCACGCCGCGAUCACCUGUAAAUAUAAUUUAACAGCGAGCCAAAUGUUCGCGCGUUCGCUCAGGUAUUAUCGUUAGAAACAGCUAUUUUCUAAAUCGACGAGAUUAUAAUCGAUUUAGCGCCCGAGCGUUGUUAAUAUGUACUGCUCGCUUUUUCUAGAGUACUCCAUCGCGUGAUCGUAACGGAUCCAGA